AUGCAUGUCAUCCCUUCAUUUCUCGCAUUGGCAACCGUUGCGACAGCUUUCGUUCAUCCGGGAGCCCUCCACACUGCGCAGGACUUCGAACGCAUCAACACCCACGUGGUAAACGGAGACGAACCUUGGAAUACCACCUGGACACUCCUGACCCAAAGCGAGUACGCUCAGUCAACAUACCAGCCUGGACCCAAAGAGACAGUAUACCGCGGCUCUGAUGGCGUCCACUCCGAGAACUACCCCAGCCUCUACCGCGACGCCGCAGCCGCAUACCAGCUCGCCAUCCGCUGGAGAAUUUCAAACGACACAAGCUACGCCGACGCAGCAAUCAACAUCCUCAGCUCGUGGGCAGCAACCCUGACCGAAAUCGGCGGAAGCAGCGACAAGUUCCUCGCGUCGGGACUAUAUGGAUACCAGAUGGCGAAUGCGGCCGAGCUCAUGACGGACUAUUCCGGCUGGGACAGUGACAACAAGACAGCGACAGCUACCAUGCUGACGAAUGUCUUUGCGUCCAUGAAUGAGCUGUUUCUGCAAGAUCAUAAUGGUCAGGACUACUACCAUUACUAUGCGAACUGGGACCAGUGCAAUCUUGCCUCGCUCAUCGCGAUUGGGAUCUUUACCGACAACCAGACCAUGUAUGACAAUGCCGUGAGCUAUGUGCGUACUGGUCCUUCGAAUGGCGCGUUGCCCGUUUUCGCCAUUGCCAACUACACCGAGUCUGAACCCGACAAAGUCUUGACACAGGGCCAGGAGGCGGGGCGUGAUCAGGGCCAUUCCACCUUGGAUGCUGUCCUUCUGGGUGUUAUUGCGCAGCAGGCGUAUAACCAGGGAGAUGAUCUAUUUGCCGAGUAUGGUAAUGAGAUCUUGAAUUCUGCGGAGUAUGUUGGAAAGUAUAACGUCGGCCAGGAUGUUCCCUACACAGCAUACAACAGCUACCAAGGGAACCAGACCGUGAUUUCCAACAGCUCGCGUGGAACAGUGCGUCCCGGAUUCGAAUUGUUGUCUGCUCAUUAUGGCCAGCUGAAGGGCCUGGACUCUUCAUGGAGUGAUGCCUAUCGUGACUGGGUCAACACCAACUCUACAAGUGGUGUUGAGGGUGGUGGUGGCAACUAUGGUUCUACUUCGGGCGGUUUUGACGGCCUCGGAUUUGGAACUUUGUUGUAUCGGAUUUCCUAA